CCUCCCACUCCCCUCACCCCCUCCCUCACCAAGAUGGCGGAAGUCGGCGGCCCGGGCGGGGACUCGCGCUUGGCGGCGGGGAUGGCGGCCCUCGCCGCGUCGCUGCCUUCGCGCGCCGCGGCCGAGGACAACGGCCCCGCGUCGUCGAGCGCCGCGGGCGGCGAGGAGGACGGCCAGGAGUUCGACGAGGAGGAGCUGGACGUGCCGCUCGAGGCGCCGCCUCAGAACCAGUGGUACCAUGGCAAGCUGGACCGCUCCAUCGCCGAGGAGCGGCUGCAGCAGGCGAGUCGCCCAGGCAGUUACCUCGUACGCGAGAGCGACCGCCAGCCUGGAUCCUUUGUGCUCUCCUUCCUCGGCAAGACCGGAGUCAACCACUUCAGGAUCAUUGCAAUGUGCGGUGACUACUACAUCGGCGGGCGGAGGUUCUCCUCUCUGUCCGACCUCAUCGGCUACUACAGCCACGUGUCCUGCCUGCUCAAGGGGGAGCAGCUCCUCUACCCCGUGCCCCCUCCUGAGCCGGUCGAGGAUCGGAGACGCGUGCGCGCCAUCCUGCCCUACACCAAGGUGCCGGAGACGGACGAGCUCAGCCCUGUCUUCCAGACCCUCGUGUACCUGGCACUCUCUUACGUUUUUCUGCUCUGCUUCAGCUUUGUGAAGGGCGACGUGUUCAUCGUGCACAACACACUGGAGGAUGGCUGGCUCUGGGUGACGAACCUGCGCACCAGCGAGCACGGAGUCAUCGUCGAGGACCUGGUGGAGGAGGUGGCCAGCAAGGAGGAUCCUCAUGAAGGAAAGCCGUGGUUCCAUGGCAAGAUCACGAAGCAGGAAGCGUACACCCUCCUCAUGUCCGUGGGCAAGGUGUGCAGCUUCCUGGUACGCCCGUCGGACAGCACGCCGGGUGACUACUCGCUCUACUUCCGCACGCCCGACAAUAUCCAGCGCUUCAAGAUCCAGCGGUCCACCAGCACGCAGUUCAGCAUGGGCGGCCGCUACUACAACAGCAUCGACGAGAUCAUCAAUCACUACAAGCAGGAGCAGAUUGUGGAGGGACACAACCUCAAGGAGCCCGUGCCCGUCCAGGACAACAAGUUGUACUGCAACAUGGUCGAUGGCAAGGACAUCUACCGCACGAUCCGCGAGCGGCAGAGAGACACGAUGCUGCUCAAGAACGUGGUGAAGAAGGGCUACCUCCUCAAGAAAGGCAAGAGCAAGCGCUGGAAGAGCCUGUACUUCGUGCUGGGCGGGAACGAUGCACAGCUCUUCUUCUUCGAGAGCGAGAAGCGUGCCACCAAACCCAAGGGCCUCAUCGACCUCAGCAUCUGCUCCAUCUACGCCGUGCACGAGAGCUUCUUCGGACGGCCCCACUGCUUCCAGAUCGUGGUGCAGGACUUCAGCGAGGAGAACGACAUCUUCUACUUUGCCGCUGAGACCCAGGAGUCGGCGCAGGAGUGGAUGAAGGCCAUCCAGCAGUCCUGCGCCAAGUUCCGCCGUCUCACGCAGGGCUCCACCAACAAGCACCUGCGCCAGGUGCGCAGCCUCACGCUGUACGUGGAGGAGGCGCACAAGCUCCCGGCGAAGCACCUGACGCACCCGUACUGCACCAUCCUGCUCAACAACGUGCAGGUGGCGCGCACGCCCGCCAAGGAGGGGCAGAACCCCGUGUGGGCCGAAGAGUUUGUCUUCGAUGACCUUCCCCCGGACAUUGAUGUGUUUGAGAUCGUCCUCAGCAACCGGACCAAGAAGUACAAGGAUCCUGACAUCUUGUUCAUGUGCUGCCCGCUGAAGCGGCUGCAGAAUGGUCACCUGACAGACGAGUGGUUCCAGCUGACGUCGCACGUGCCGCUGCGCGGCGUUGAGCCCGGCUCACUGCGCGUCAAAGCUCGCUACUCGCUCGAGGUCAUCAUGCCCGAGGACGAGUAUGCCGACUUCCGCGAGCUUCUGCAGCAGCCACGCGAGUACCACGUGGUGCAGGCGCUGUCGCACGUGUGCGGCCAGGACCGCUCGCUGCUCGCCAGCACGCUCCUGCGCGUCUUCCGGCACGAGCGGCAGGAGGUGGCGCUGCUGCGCACCUUCAACGACCGCGAGAUCAGCAUGGAAGAGGAGGCGGCGACGCUGUUCCGCGCCACCACGCUGGCCAGCACGCUCAUGGAGCAGUACAUGAAGAGCACGGCCUGGCCGUUCAUCCAGCACGCGCUGCGCGACACCGUGCUGCGUGUGCUCGAGAGCCGCCAGUCUUGCGAGCUGAACCCGAGCAAACUGGAGAAGGGAGAGGACGUGAACGCGAACCUGGGCCACCUACUCGCCCUCCUCUCCGAGCUUAUCGAGAAAAUCUUCCUGUCCACGGACGACUUCCCCAUGACGCUAAGGUUCCUCUUCGGCUGCCUGCAGAAGUCCGUGCAGGAGAAGUGGCCGGCAAACGAAACCAUGCGCACGCGCGUCGUCAGCGGGUUUGUGUUCCUGAGACUCAUCUGCCCGGCGAUCCUCACACCCAAAGCUUUCGGCAUCAUCUCCGACCCCCCAUCUCCUACAGCCGUCCGCACUCUCCUCCUCGCCGCCAAGUCCCUUCAGAACCUCGCCAACCUCGUCGAGUUUGGAGCCAAGGAGGCGUACAUGGAGGGCGUUAACCCGUUCAUCAAGCACAACCGCCAACGGAUGGUCACCUUCCUGGACAAACUCGCGAAUGUGCAGGAGUUGUGCGAUUCCCCGGAGCACUUCAAGACGGACGUGUCGCGCGACCUCGCGGCGCUGCACAAUGUCUGCGUGUGCCACCUGGACGAGCUGCGUACGCUGAGCAACGAGCGUGGGGUGCAGCAGCACGCGUUGAAGAAGCUGCUGGCCAUCACGGAGAUGCUGCAGCAGAAGCAGAAUCAUUAUCUGUCCAUGGGCGGGCAGGUCAGGUAGCCUCCGGUUGUGUCCUCCUGCACAACCAGCUCAGCCUCGGCAGCCCCAGCCCAUCCAUCGCCUUCGCUCUAAUUUAUUUUACUCCACCCACCUCGGUUCUAACGCGUCGUCGUUUAUACGUAUAUUUUUUUCUCCAUCCCCCCCCCAUUCGCAAACUCGACAGCGCAACGACCGAGGUCUCCUCCUGCCAAUCACAGCCUGCAACGUGUAAUUUAUAGCUCAAACAUACUCGUCUCUCUCUGACGGUUUUUUUUUACGUCGAUUUAUAAAUAUGUGUAUACUUCGUAAAAUUUUUGUAUCAUGUUUAUUAUUAUUCCCGUCAACGUCUCUGCUCCGCAAUCGUUUUCUCCGCUCGUUUUUUUCCUUCGCGUCGCCCGUUCAUUCGGCCGAUCGCCGUCGGCCGAGCCCGGCGGGUUUUCUCCCCCCCCCCCCGUGCCAUGGCGUCACACUCGUCCAAUCGCAAGCCGACUUCCGGGCCACGUGACCGUACCCCCCCCCCCCCACGCCACUUUCGUCCAAUGGUGCGGCCCAAUCCGGCAGCCGCGCUCUCUCUCUGUCUCUCUGAUUCCUGCGGAAUCGUAAAUUCUGCCGCGGAGGAUGGACUAAGAGCGUGCACACGUGUCGCGUGUCACCUCCUGCCUCCCGCUGGCUCGUGGUUCAUUGAGUUAAUUGCUGCGGAUUUGUUUGGGUUGGCACUUGCACCCCUCCCCCGCCCACCCGACUGCGUGUUUUUACUUGCGAACGGUGGCGGCGACUUUGACGACGUUCUGAAGCGCGAGGAAUAAUUAUAAUCGAUGCAUUAAUGAGAUAUGAUGGGGUGGGUACCAGGUGUGGGGGAGGUUGGGGAAAAGGGGGGGUGUAGGGGAGGGUAGAUGGGAUUAAUGGGAUAAUUAGUAGGGGUCGGCACCAGUUAGGUAAGGGGGGGGGUGGGGUUUGAAUCAAUAAAUUAGUGAUCAGCUAACACUAUGCAAAAUGACGUGUGAAAAACACACGCAAGCAACAGCCACCACCGCACGGACGGAACGGAUGGAUCACCGGAGGGACAAACAUUACCAGACGGAUCACCGGACGGACGGACAGGACGAUCACCGAACGGCCCGACAAAAUGCCGGACGGAUGGAGGGGAUCGCUGGGCACGCAGGGCGCAUGGUCGCGGCGCCGCCUCGCAGACGCUCCGCGGCGCGAUGCGAGCGGCCGCAAGCGUCGCUGGCUACUCGCGGUCACGCCUGGCGAGUGAGUGGCUCAACAGCCGACCCAACUGCCACUGGCUGCUCAAUUUGACGAACCGCUCGGGCGGUUUAACCCGGCGCUUCCCAACCUUUUCUGGACACGCGGACCGCAGCCAACCAAUCGUGCUGUGAAAUGCCAUGAAAACUAUUAACUUGCUUUUUAUUGAGCGUUCUAAACAGUCGUGCCAUGGGCGGUCGAACACGCGGUGCUUUAGUGAAGGGGAAUCGGAGUUUCAGUACCAGUGGUUUGCACGACGCCGGUUGGGAAAAACCCGCUUGGCAUGACUGCUGGCCAUGAAAUCUGGUCUCGUGUUCUUUGCGCAACAGCCACGGGCCGUCGAGUCGGGGCGGCGUGGCGAGUUUGAAAAGAGGGAGAUUUUUAUUCUUUUGGGUCUUUGUUUUCUCGGGGCGGGGGCCGGUGAUUCCGCGCAGCACGUCCAGGGCGGCCGGCCGGCAACUCGUGACCGGCGCGGCAAGGUGCCAAAGCCACCACCGGGUUGAGCAGAGCCGAACGAGCGAGUCUCCGGGCUCCCGUGUGCCGGGCACACACACACACACUCUCGCUAAUGAAGACAUCGCAACAAAAACAGGGUUUCUAAAUGCCGGUGCGGUCGUCAUUUAGGCUGCGAUUUCUUAAUUACGAUGUUCUCUAAUGAAAUGAUGUCGAUAAGCACAAGGUUGCAUGGUAAUAGUUCCGCACGUUCUCUCGUGUUGGAGCAACUGGGGGGGGGGGGGGGGGGGGGGGGGGGCAGGUUGUCUGGCGAGCGAUCGAGCCUGCAGCCCCUAGGACAUGCGAGUGCUGACUUGUCCCCCCUCCACCCUGUGGGAGUUCUGAGGAGUCGUGAACGCAGCGUUUUGCUGUCGUGCACAGGGAAGGCAAAAGAAGCAGAAAAAUGGUUAACAAAACAAACAUUGACGAUCGUUGGCUUCCCAGCAAGCGCGUGCUUGGUCUCUGGUGCGUUGUCUCAAGGAAACUUUCGCGUCAAAGAAAAACAACGUCAACGUUCAUCCGUACGCAUCCCGAGAUACCGGACCCGGUGUCCCGCGCCGAGGGCGGCUGUCCCGCGGUGGCGUUGGGUGUCUUUCUGGAUUCCCGUCCACGCCAGCGUCUGCUCUGCCCCCCCCGCGUUCCCGUUCCGCGACGUCCUCCCUCGUCGCGCCCCCCUCGUUUCGCCACCCACCGCCGUUGCGGUCGCGUCGCCUCUUCCCUGCCGCCCGCGCCUCUCGAGAUAGUUUUCCACUACGUGCACUUAACUAUACAGACAAACAAAAACUUUCAAAAAUUGCAAUAGCAAACAAAAAAAAUUUAACCGUUGCCACCGCCACCACCGCGCACCCUCGUUGCUGUCUCCUUACUCUCAAAGUGCGACACCUCGUCUCGCCGGUGCCAUCUGUAAUGCGCCCGUUGCUCCCACUGCUCGCGAUGUUUCCCAUGUCACGUUGCUGCCGUCACCACCGGCUUCACAGUUUUCUUCUUCUUCGAUGAUGAUGAUGAUGUUACCGUCGUUUAAUACUUAAGAGCCGCGACGAACGGGCGGCAGAAUCGGCCGAAAAUUGUAGUUUAAAACUGACGACGUUUUUCUUUUUGUACACGACAUGUAUCAAAUGAAUAAAUGCUGUUUGUUGUUGGAAUAACAAUGCCAAAUAUGUACAUAAAUCA